AUGGACAAGAGCGCAAUCGCGGGUGGGCGCGGGGCGGAGCGGCACACCGCUGGAGGCCACGCCUCCGCCACGCGCACAGAGUUCUUGACCGCCAGGGCGUCCGCUCAGACAUUGGGAUGGAUCCGGCAGCCGAGAGCCAGUCCCCUCCAGCGAGUUGAUUGGCUCAGCCGCCGGGAGCCACGCGCGAAUCGGACAGCCGAAGCCCCCGUCCGCAGCCCCAGCGGGAAGAAGUUCCGCAGCAAGCCCCAGCUGGCGCGUUACCUGGGCGGCUCCAUGGACCUGAGCACCUUCGACUUCCGCACGGGCCGGACGCUGAUGAGCAAGGUGAACAAGAGCCGGCAGCGGACGCGCUACGACUCCUCCAGCCAGGUCAAGGGCAAGCCCGACCUGAACACAGCGCUCCCCGUGCGGCAGACAGCGUCCAUCUUCAAGCAGCCAGUGACCAAGAUCACCAACCACCCAAGCAACAAGGUGAAGAGUGACCCCCAGAAGGCUGUGGACCAGCCCCGGCAGCUUUUCUGGGAGAAGAAGCUGAGCGGCCUGAAUGCCUUUGACAUCGCUGAGGAACUGGUGAAGACCAUGGAGCUCCCGAAGGGCCUGCAAGGCGUGGGGCCCGGCUGCACCGACGAGACCCUGCUGUCAGCUAUCGCCAGCGCCCUGCACACGAGCACGAUGCCCAUCACAGGGCAGCUGUCCGCCGCCGUGGAGAAGAACCCAGGAGUGUGGCUCAACACGACCCAGCCCCUGUGCAAGGCCUUCAUGGUGACCGACGAGGACAUCAGGAAGCAGGAGGAGCUGGUGCAGCAGGUGCGCAAGCGGCUGGAGGAGGCACUGAUGGCCGACAUGCUGGCCCACGUAGAGGAGCUGGCACGGGACGGCCAGGGGCCCCUGGACAAGCCCGGUGUGGAGGAGGAGGAGGAGGAGGAGGACGAUGACGACGAGGAGGAGCCCGACCCAGACCAGGAGAUGGAGCACGCCUAG